AUGGAGCGUCGCAUAACAAGGUCCGCCGCUGCCAAAGAAGCUACAUCAUUGGCAGCUGCAAUAAAGAUGUCAGAGCAAGAAUUCGCCACUAAACCGCUCAGUUUGGAAAAUGAAUCACCCGGCCAACAGUCGUCUUCUCUUGGAAACAAUUCAAAGACUAGGUCUACUUUCAAGAGGCGCAAGACAAAACGUCCGGCGUCAGAGGUUAAUGCUGUGAAUGAGUUACCCCAUAAUUUGGGUUCAUCGGUUAAACCAAAGUACAAGACCAGCGCCUUAUCAUCAGGGGUCAAGGUGGAGGUGAUAGACACUAUUUCGAAUGAACUGAAAAGGACUGUUGAGAAAGCCACAACAACACCAAGAUCGGUGUCAACAGGUAAAAGCAAGAAGGCCAAUCCAUAUCGUCUAACACCCGGGAUUACUCCGUUCCCAGAUUGGCCCCAUCCAACCCCCGAUGCCUGCGAAGAGGUUAAUAGGCUACUCUCCAGCGUACAUGGAGAGAUUGCUCCCCCCACUACCAUACCAGAGCCGUCUCUGACUGUAACGGGUUGUGGAGAGGUUCCCUCUGUUCUUGAUGCGCUUAUUCGAACUUUGCUUAGUGGUGCCACGUCGGGAAACAAUUCUGCGCUGGCUUUCAAUGGGCUGGUACAGAAGUUUGGUAUCCUCCACGAGGGGAUAGGCAAAGGGAGUGUUAACUGGGAUGCCGUUCGUCAAGCGCCACUUAAAGAUGUUUUUGAAGCUAUCAAGAGAGGCGGUUUGGCCGAUAUCAAGAGCAAGAACCUCAAGGCCAUUUUAGAUAUGGUACACACGGAAAACCAGGAACGUCGGGAAAUCCUAGUAAGAGGCGAGGACGCUGGACCGUCAGAUCUCAUGCCGAAGUCUGAAAACAGCAAACAGUACGAGAUCGCAUGUGCAGACCAACACUUCCUGUCUCUUAACCAUCUCCACACCCUCAACACAGAACAGGUAAUGGAGGAACUAGUCAAGUACCCCGGGAUCGGACCUAAAACAGCUGCCUGUGUCCUGCUCUUCUGCCUACAGCGUCCGUGCUUCGCGGUUGACACCCACAUCUUCCGCAUCUGCAAAUGGCUCGGCUGGGUACCGCCGGACAAGGCGACAGAGAUCACGGCGUUCGGCCACCUCGAGGUGCGGAUUCCAAAUCACCUCAAGUACUCUCUUCAUCAGCUCUUCAUCCGACAUGGAAAGACUUGUCCAAGAUGCCGAGCAAUAACUGGACAAUCUUCCGCCGGGUGGGACGAAGGCUGCGUCAUUGAUCACCUAGUGAAAAGGACCGGGAAGAGAAAGGGAGAACCCGCGACCUCGCCGCCUGUCAAGCGUAAGAGCACUGGCCGGCAGCAUCGUAGUGAGAAGGCGUGA